AUGGUGACGUACGAGGAGCUUAAAAAGGUUUUAAACCACCAAACAAAGGCGGUGAGUAAGCCGUUGGUCUUUGACAAAGAGCUAGAACGGUUUGUGGAGCAGGUAGAAAGCGAAGCGGUCUCUAAGACUCAAAUUGUGCGCAUCAUAAAUUCCGCAAACAGAUACUUGAACAAGCGAUAUGGUCAGUUUUUUCAUCGCCAGAGUAUAGUGCAGAUCAUUCAGCAGGUUCUGAACAACGAGCACGCGCUCGAUCUGCAGCGCAAGCAAAAGCUUCUUGCACUGAACGCAAUUCUGAUAAAUUUCGGAUCAGAUACCGUGAUGGACGUCAAUGGAAACUACCAAGACGAGCGCGGGUCCAACAACAUCGAUAUGAACGGCAUCAUGAGAAUCAAACAGGAGGAGAUCCUGGGGAUGAUCGACGAAUUACCAGAGCCAGACAAACUCAGAACUCAAAAUGACGAACUUCUGGAGCGCUACGAUGAGCUUCGUUUAAAGCUGGCAGAGAAUCGAGCCCGAUUGCUCAGGCUGCAGGAUAAAAAAAAGUACUACGAGAAAACACGAAAGCUGCUGAGUGAAAUGACGGACACGACGCAGGAUCCCGAUUCCACGUUACAGAAGAACCUUGUGCUUAACACCAACGACCAGCUGGUCAACGAGGUGUCGCAAACGCGAAUUCAGCUUGCGAUGAUGAACGAAAAAUUGCAGGACCCAGAAUUCGCGGCCCAGCUAAGAAAAAAGCUCCAUGUAGACCUGAAUUAA